AUGUCUAAUUUUGGGUUUAACGCUUUGUGGGGCCGGUCGGCCUUCAAUGUGGAAGUCGUUGAUGCUCAUGGCCGUUCGGGGGGUCUGGCAUGUCUAUGGAAUCCUGUUCUGUUCUGCUGUGAAAACGUCAUAAAGGACAGAUUUUCCUUAGUCUUAUCAGGUAUAUUGGUACUUACUGGUGAACGAAUUAAUUUGGUGAAUGUCUAUGCUUCGAAUGACACGUCGGUGCGUAGAAAUAUAUGGGUCAAUCUUGUUGGUAUAAAGAAUGCUGUGCAAGGUUUGUGGGUUUUCAUGGGGGAUCUUAACGAGGUAAGGGACGCGUCAGAACGUAUGAAUUCUGAAUUCUCCUCAGCCAAUGCGGAUGCCUUCAAUCAUUUUAUUUUGUAUACGGGUUUGUGUGAGUAUCAAAUGGGGGGGGGCGGGAAGUUCACAUAUAUUUCGGAUAGUGGCAAAAAAUUAAGCAAGUUGGAUCGCUUUCUUGUUUGCUUGGGAUUCAUGGAGAAGUGGCCAACGGCGUCGGUUAUGGCCCUUACCCGGGAAGCAUCGGAUCACAGGCCAAUACUUCUUUCCACUACUCCUACGGAUUUCGGGCACAUCCCGUUUAGGUGUUUUAUCUCUUGGCUAGAGGUGCCGGGUUUCAUGGAUUUGAUAAAACAUCUUUGCCAAUCUUUUGUGUUCAAUGGGCCUGCCGAUCUGGCAUUGUCUGUGAAACUAAUGUGA